CGCCCCCUCUCCCCAAUUUGAGGAGUGAGCCGCCCUCCCCCACAACACUUUCCUCUCCGGGCGCCCCCUCCAACCUAUGACCGGCUAAACACCUGGCAGCUGCUUUCUCCCCGCUCCCUCCCCGCUUAUCCCAUCUCCUCCGUCGGUUCCGCCCCCCCAUCCCUAUUUGCGCCCCCUCUAUUCCCUCCUCGCAGCCCCUCGGAGUUUGCCCGCCCCUUCCAGCCCCCCAACUUCUGCCCCCUCGGCCAGCGUUGCUGCUGCUGCUGCUGCUUGUCCCUCCGCGCCGCGCCCGGCCCCGCUGCCGCCCUCCUCCUCCGGGACUGAUGAAGGCGGCCGGCGGCUCCGAGGGGGCGGACGGCGACGGGGCGGACGGCGAGCGGGAGCCGUUGAACCCCGAGGCCUCGGAGGCGCUGGGCGUCUCGGCCACGUACCGCGAGUUCGUCCGUCGGAGCUACCUGGAGCUCAUGAGCGCCAACCAGCACUCGCUACAUGCGCUCAACUGGCGCCGCCUCUACCUCAGCCGGGCCAAGCUCAAGGCGUCCAGCCGCACCUCGGCGCUGCUCUCCGGCUUCGCCAUGGUUGCCAUGGUUGAGGUGCAACUGGAGGAUUACGACUACCCCCGGGAGCUGCUGGUGGCGUUCAGCGCCUGCACUACGGUGCUGGUGGCUGUCCACCUCUUCGCCCUCAUGGUCAGCACCUGCAUCCUGCCCAACAUCGAGGCCGUCAGCAAUAUCCACAACCUCAACUCGGUCAACGAGUCCCCCCACGAGCGCAUGCACCGCUACAUUGAGCUGGCCUGGGGCUUCUCCACAGCCCUGGGGAUCUUCCUCUUUCUCACUGAGGUGGUGCUGAUCUGCUGGGUCAAGUUCCUGCCCGUCGGAAGCGCCGCCACCGCCCGGAAGUGCUGCGUUCCUGCCCCGGCCCCUUCCGGCGGCAACACCACCGCCCCGGCCCCGACUUCGGCCUCUCCGGACAACUCCGGGUGGAACGCCGCCAUGGCUUCCACUAUCAUCAUGGUCCCGGUGGGCGUGGUCUUCAUCAUCUUCGCUUUGCAUUUCUACCGCUCGCUAGUGGGACACAAAACGGACCGGCACCAGCAGGAGCUGGAGGAACUCAACCAGAUCAAGUACCAGCUUGACGGAGAAGCCACGGCGCUGCAGGUGGUGUGAAGCUUGUUGGCCUGGCCGACGGCCUCCGGGACGGUGGUUAUUUCCAGGAGAGGGACUGCCUUGCAGACGUCCCGAUUACCGGCUCGGUUGGGGGGGGGGGAC